UUUUACAGGGUGGAAAAAUACAGACCCAUGAAACUAUGCGAAAUAGUUGGAAAUGAAGAUACAGUGAGUAGGCUGGAGGUCUUUGCAAAAGAAGGAAACGUACCAAAUAUUAUAAUUGCUGGUCCCCCAGGAACAGGUAAAACCACCAGUAUCCUCUGCUUGGCUCGUGCUCUUCUUGGUCCUGCGUUGAAGGAUGCUGUUUUGGAGCUGAAUGCCUCAAAUGACAGAGGCAUUGAUGUUGUGAGAAACAAAAUCAAAAUGUUUGCCCAGCAAAAGGUCACGCUUCCAAAAGGUCGGCAUAAAAUAAUCAUCCUUGAUGAAGCAGACAGCAUGACAGAUGGAGCACAGCAAGCAUUGAGAAGAACAAUGGAAAUUUAUUCCAAAACAACGCGCUUCGCACUUGCGUGCAAUGCCUCAGACAAAAUCAUAGAACCUAUUCAAUCCCGGUGCGCAGUGCUGCGUUACACCAAGCUGACAGAUUCACAGAUCCUUGCAAGGCUACUGAAAAUUGUUGAGAAAGAGGAUGUACCGUAUACCGAUGAUGGACUAGAAGCCAUUAUCUUCACAGCGCAAGGAGAUAUGAGACAGGCAUUAAACAACUUACAGUCCACAUAUUCUGGAUUUGGCUUUAUAAACAGUGAAAAUGUCUUUAAGGUAUGUGACGAGCCUCACCCUCUGCUUGUGAAAGAAAUGAUACAACACUGCGUAAAUGCAAAUAUUGAUGAAGCGUACAAGAUUCUUGCCCACCUGUGGCGACUUGGAUACUCUCCAGAGGAUGUGAUUGGCAACAUCUUCCGUGUGUGUAAAACCUUUCAGAUGCCAGAAUAUCUGAAACUGGAAUUUAUCAAGGAAAUCGGGUACACUCAUAUGAAGAUAGCAGAAGGUGUGAACUCCCUUCUACAAAUGGCUGGACUGCUGGCCAGGCUGUGUCAUAAGACCGUGGUCCCUGCAGCAAGCUAGGUGCUUCGCUGCUCUGCAGCCUGCCUGGCUGCAAGGU